GAUAGAUAGAUAGACAGAUAGACAGACAGAGAGACAGACAGACAGACAGACAGAAGGAAGUGAUUGGAUGCAAAUGAAUUGACAAUCCUGUAAUCCAGUGAAUCCCGGCAGAGGAUUAGAGUUUUCUCUGUCUCGCUCAUUCUCUCUCAUCACCCGCUGUGUUUUUACUGUAAGAUGAAGCAUCUUGUCCAUAAAUUGUCAUAAUCCCAGCAAACAGCACGAAUCACUCUGUGAGUGAAGAAUGACCGGCUCACGCACUACAUUGCAUCCUGUCAGAAUAUUAUCUUCAGCUAUACCUGCACAGAUACAUGAUCUGAGGGGUUCAGGUGAACAGCGGCGGCCCACCAGCUCUCACCUCUACUGAAGGAAUGGAGAGGACGAAUUAGGUCAAUCCAAUCAAGACUGGAUCCAUAACAUAGAGUGUAUAUAUUUAGUUAGCUGCCCCUGUACAAUAGCGUUUCCCUCCCGGCUGCAAACACACAGCGUCUGCUGUACAGACACAUGCACACACUCCCCACCUGUGGCUGCUCCUCUGAUGACAGGCACCACACUCAGAACCUCCAGGAUGCAUCUGUUAUUCAUGCUUCCCUUGGUGCUCGAGGUCCAGUCCAUCUCCAUGAGCCACAACAUCACCUAUGACUGCACCUGCUACGAGGAGCUCAAAAUCACCAACUGCACCAGCAGCAAUUUCACUCACCUGCCUGCCGCUCUUCCACCCUUCACUGAACAACUGGACCUGUCCCUCAACCACCUGAGUGCCAUCCGGCCCCGAGCCUUCCACAGCACACGAAGACUUCGCAUCCUGCUCCUGAACAACAACAUGAUUGCUGUGCUGGCCAACGGCGCGUUCUCUCUGCUGGAAGGACUGUUGAGGUUGGACCUGAGCCGAAACCGAAUCUCAUUCCUGAGUGAGGGAUUUUCGCAGGGUCUCAGUUCCCUUCGAGAUCUGUCACUGGCGGAGAACCGAUUGACCAGCUUGGACAGCAGUUGUUUUGUCCACUUUGACGCCCUUCAAAGACUCAACCUCAGCCAUAAUGCUAUCGAGACCAUCAAGAUGAGGGCGUUUGGGUCCAUGAGUACCCUACGCCAGCUACAACUCAACUCAAACAAUUUAACGGUUCUCAACAAUGGCAUUUUCUCCAUGCUACGAAACCUCGAAGUCUUGAAUUUACAUCACAACCAGAUACACUACUUGGAUGACGGCAUGCUUUCACCAUUGACCAGUCUCGCUCUGCUGGACUUCACCAACAACAACCUCUCCACGAUUCAGUUCAAGACCUUCCUGAGUCUCAACACAUACAGCACUCACAUAAUGCUCCAAGGAAACCCAUGGAAUUGCGACUGCGAUCUGCAACGAGUCUUCCAGAAGCUCUGUAACGUCAAGCGGCUCUUCCUGGACGACUACGACAACCUCACUUGCGUGAAUUUGGACGAAAGUCACAGGAACUACACAAUGAAAGAGGAGUUCUGCGUUGCAGAGAUGGUUACUGUCCUGGUCAUCACCAUCACGGUGGUUAUCACUGUUGUGGCUGCCAUCGUCAUGGCGGAGAAGAAAAGGAAAAAAAAGAACAAAGAUAAGCAUUGGACGGAAGUCGGCGAGUUGUCGUGCGCAUCGCAAGACUGAACCAAUGCAGAUAAUGUAAAAUGGAACAUUAAUCUUGCAUUAUACUUGUAUGAUAUUAUGCUUUAGGUUGUCAAAUUCAGGGUUUCUGCAAAUUUCACAAAGGUACAUUUUUAAGACCAAGUUAAAAAAUGUAAGGAAUAAACUGAAUGGAACACAAUACGUCAACAUGGUCUCUAAAUGUAAAUGUCUUGUAUUCGUAAUACUUCAAAGUUUGGAAAUACAAUUUCCAACAGAACUCCAUUGCUUUUUAUUUCUAUUUGUUUUUUUCAUAUUUCAAUAGUUCUGCUCCCAACCAAUAGAUUAUGGAAAUAAUUUUACUCUACCUUCUGAUCACACUGAAAAAAAAUGUUCUUUGUCAAUAAUUUUGUCUUGUUUUCUAGUCUUGAAUCAAUAAAUAUUUACUUGAGAUGCAAAAUUACCUCAAAUUACUAUGAGAAGUUCAUCAAAAUGAAGUGAGUUGACAUUAGCAGAUAUUUGGCAGCUUUCCAUUCCCCAUUGACAGAUGUUUGUUCUUGUUUUAUGCAUAAACUUAAUUUCUUUUCAAUUUCUCAGAAAACAAGACUUAUUGUGUUCAAUUUGCGUCUCAAGUAAAUUAAAGAUAUUUCAAUAUUUAUAUUGAAAAUACAUAACUGAGAAAUAUAUUCUAUUUAUUUAUUUAUUUAUUUAUUGCAGUGUAUGCAGCAUUUAAUGCCACUGACUUUAUGAAUUUAGGCCUUAAUUUGCAGAAGGGCAAGUUAAGACUCAUGAACUGCAGAAACUCUGCAUCAUACAAUGUACAAUAAUUUGAUAAAAUUUCAUGCUGGCUGGUUCUUUAUGUGAAC